ACAGCCCCUAACACCUGUGCAGCCACCAGCGCACAGCGCCCCCAUCCUCCUCGCCAGGUACCGACCAGGCCAGGCUCCGUCUGCCUCCGGAGGUCACGGUCCGGGAGCUAGCCAGGGCUCGGCCGACAGGGGAGGGGCUGAGCCUGGGCCAGAGGCGCAGCCCGAGCCCGUGCAGCCUGAUUAUCACAUGACUCGACGGCGGCGGUAGCGGUGGCAGCAGGAGCAGCUGGUCGGCGCGGGCUCGCCGGGUGGGCUCAGUUCCGCGCACGCAGGAGGAGCGGGGCGCAAGGGGGCGGGGAAGGGACCCGCCGCCGCCGCCGCCGCCGCCCGCCAGCCGCUCCCGGGGGGCUCUCGCUUGUCCCUCCCUAGCCGCCCGCCCGCUCCAUGUCGCCCGGUUGCGGAAGUGUCGCCGGGAGAGGUGGUGGCGGCAGCGAGGAGCACGGGAAGCCGCGGCUCGGCCCCCUGCAGCACUGAGCUCCGGGAGCCGCGCGCUCCAAGCGGCCCGGCUACCCGUGCGCCCCGCGCCCUCCGCAGCCUGCAUGCCCCGCGCUGCGCCUCGGCCGGCCGCCGCCGCCGCCGCCUCCUGCUCGCCCAGCGGCUGCCCGGCGCCGGAGUAAUAUGCUCACUCGGGUGAAAUCUGCCGUGGCCAAUUUCAUGGGCGGCAUCAUGGCUGGCAGCUCCGGCUCCGAGCACGGCGGUAGCGGCUACGGAGGCUCGGACCUGCCCCUGCGCUUCCCCUACGGCCGGCCGGAGUUCCUCGGGCUGUCUCAGGAUGAGGUGGAGUGCAGCGCCGACCACAUCGCCCGCCCCAUCCUCAUCCUCAAGGAGACCCGGAGGCUGCCCUGGGCCACCGGCUACGCAGAGGUUAUCAAUGCCGGGAAGAGCACGCACAAUGAGGACCAGGCCAGCUGUGAGGUGUUCACCGUGAAGAAGAAAGCCGGGGCCGUGACGUCCACCCCAAACAGGAACUCGAAGCGAAGGUCGUCCCUUCCCAACGGGGAAGGGCUGCAGUUGAAGGAGAACUCGGAGUCCGAGGGCAUCUCCUGCCACUACUGGUCCCUGUUCGACGGCCAUGCGGGCUCGGGGGCCGCCGUGGUGGCUUCGCGGCUGCUGCAGCACCAUAUCACCCAGCAGCUGCAGGACAUCGUGGAGAUCCUGAAGAACUCCGCCAUCCUUCCCCCGACCUGCCUAGGGGAGGAGCCCGAGAGCACGCCGGCCCAUGGCAGGACCCUAACCCGCGCAGCGUCGCUCCGUGGAGGCGUGGGGGCCCCCGGGUCCCCCAGCACGCCACCCACGCGCUUCUUCACCGAAAAGAAGAUCCCGCAUGAGUGUUUGGUCAUUGGGGCCCUGGAGAGCGCCUUCAAGGAGAUGGACCUUCAGAUAGAACGGGAGAGGAACGUCUAUAACAUAUCCGGCGGCUGCACGGCCCUCAUCGUGGUCUGCCUCCUGGGGAAGCUGUACGUGGCCAACGCGGGGGACAGCAGGGCCAUAAUCGUCAGAAAUGGAGAAAUCAUCCCCAUGUCUUCGGAAUUCACCCCCGAGACCGAGCGCCAGCGACUUCAGUACCUGGCGUUCAUGCAGCCUCACUUGCUGGGAAAUGAAUUCACACAUUUGGAGUUUCCAAGGAGAGUGCAGAGGAAAGAACUGGGAAAGAAGAUGCUCUACAGAGACUUUAACAUGACAGGCUGGGCAUACAAAACCAUCGAGGAUGAAGACUUGAAGUUUCCCCUCAUUUAUGGAGAAGGCAAGAAGGCCCGGGUAAUGGCGACUAUUGGAGUGACCAGGGGACUUGGGGACCAUGACCUGAAGGUUCAUGACUCCAACAUCUACAUAAAACCAUUCCUGUCUUCGGCUCCAGAGGUAAGAGUCUACGAUCUCUCCCAGUAUGAGCAUGGAGCAGAUGACGUGCUGAUUUUGGCUACCGAUGGACUCUGGGAUGUUUUAUCAAAUGAAGAAGUAGCAGAAGCAAUCACUCAGUUUCUUCCUAACUGUGAUCCAGAUGACCCUCACAGGCUAAAGUCCAGAGGGGGGUUCCAGAAGUCGCCACUUGAAUAAUUAAAAAGAGAAUUUAGCCUGAAACACUGGCUGUUUAAAAUCUGAAGAAUUAAAUCGGCCUGAGGCUGGCAGCAGAGCUGUGAGGUCGGAGAUGGGGAAGGGAAGCCCAGCAGUCAGUGCAGCUGGCUCUGCUAGCUGUCUUCAGAGGUGUGAGAGCAACCAUCCCAUCUCGGGGCUUCCUGAAUUGACGAGAUGAAUGAUUACACACAGACUUUGUAAGAACAGGGAGCCCGUGGUAAUAAUGAAACAAUAAAGAACGUGCGUGAUUUGUUCGUUACCAAGCACGAUCAUGAAGCAUUGCUGAGUAACAAACAGCCUUUGGAUGGCUCGUGCGCCCUGUGUGCGCGCCCUAGAAAUGGAAGCCAUACUGGGAAAUCAAGGAGACUUCAUUUGUUUCAAGCUCUGGAAUGAUGUAAAAUGCGUGGCAUUUG